UCCAAUCUUUUUACAUCUCGGAAAGGGAGUGACCCAGACAAAGAGAAGAAAGGAUUGGAGAACAGAGCAGAUAGUAUUGGAAGCGGUCGUGCAAUCUCAAUUAAACAGGGAAUGAUUUUAAAGCGAAGUGGUAAAUCAUUAAAUAAAGAGUGGAAGAAGAAAUAUGUUACUCUUGGAGACGAUGGUAUAUUGACCUACCAUCCAAGCUUACAUGACUAUAUGCAAAAUGUUCAUGGAAAAGAAAUUGAUCUCCUGAGGACCACAGUUAAAGUGCCAGGGAAGAGGCCACCUCGUGCCACAUCAGUGUGUGCACCUAUCUCUAAUCAAAGAACAAACGGCUUGUCCAAAGAGAUGAGCGCUUUACAUAUGCCACCAAAUUCAGGAAAUGUGACUACUAGUACAUCUGUGUCUCAUAUGACAAGUGGCAUCAGUCUUGUUUCCUUUAACAGUCGACCUGAUGGGAUGCAUCAACGAUCCUAUUCAGUUUCUAGUGCUGAUCAGUGGAAUGAGGUGACAGUUAUUGCAAAUUCUGGUAUCAGUAAUGGUAAGACAGUGCUCUAAUUUUCAUUCUAUUUUUAAUUAGCAGAUUUAUAAUAGUAAAGAAAUAUGGUUUAAAACUAUUGGUACUUAAAAAAACAGCUAGGAUGAGAUACAAAAAAAAAUUGCAAAAUAAUGCUGCUCAAAAUAAUUUUUAGAAAACCUGUUACAACUGUGUGUUUUUCCCCAUAGAGAAUAUUUAGAUGAUCAUAGUCUUAAAGAAGACUGAAUCGGACUUCCGGUGGAUUUUGCGCGCGCGAUGGCGGCUACUUUGUAGCCGUCCUCCUGGGUAAGUGUAAGAACUGCUAUGAACAGCAGACAUCAGCUGUUCAGC